ACCGCCUCUCUGCCUAUAAAGAUCCUCUUUUUCUUCAAUUCAUCCAAAAAAAAACCCAUCUUUUUGUUCGAGUCCUAAGCAAAUCCCCUUUCAUUUCUCUCUGAAUUUCUUUGGUUUUUCAAGUCCUUUGUUGGGUGCUUUGAAAUCCUAACAUACAAAUGGCUUCCCAAUCCAGUAAGGGAUCAAUCUACGACUUCACUGUUAAGGAUGCUAGAGGGAAUGACGUUGAACUCAGCAACUACAAGGGAAAGGUUCUUUUGAUUGUUAAUGUUGCCUCACAAUGUGGCCUCACCAAUUCUAACUACACUGAGCUGAACAAAUUGUAUGAGAAUUACAAGGGCAAAGAUUUUGAGAUUCUGGCAUUUCCAUGCAAUCAGUUUGGAGGUCAGGAGCCAGGGAACAAUGAACAGAUAUUGGAGUUCGCUUGCACUCGCUUCAAGGCUGAGUUUCCAAUAUUUGAUAAGGUUGAUGUGAAUGGUGAGAAUACUGCUCCAGUUUACAAAUUCUUAAAAUCAAGCAAGGGUGGACUUUUUGGGGACAGCAUCAAGUGGAAUUUCUCCAAGUUCCUGAUUGAUAAGGAAGGCAACGUUGUCCACCGUUAUGCUCCCACAACUUCUCCCCUUAGCAUUGAGAAGGAUGUAAAGAAACUGUUAGGUAUUGCUUGAGCUUGCUCGUCAACUUGCCGGAAAAUAAAGCCGACAUAACCAUUAGUGCGGCAGUGCCAUGGGGACAGUUCUAUGAUUUUAUUUCCUUAGUUAUGGUCAGAUGGGAGUUUGUAAGUUUUACUUUAAUAAUGUAACUAUAGAUUCAAAUUAUGCUCAGAUCAUUUUCUAUCAUGUAUGCUAGUUACUAGUGCACUCCACCACCACAUAAAUGCAGCUCUUACCCUGCAUAGGUUGAUCAUGACAUGCAACAUUUUAUCUUAGACCAUGUGGUGAUCUGGUAAUAGAAUUACUUAUGUUCUUAACCUACAUCUAAACUUCAAUCUCUAGUCUCAUGUAAAAAACAAAAUGACAAUGCAAUAUUUACUUUGAAAAAAUCUCCUAGCUUUUG